AUGGCUCGAAUUACCCGUUUCAUCAAUGAUGGCACCGGCCUAGAAAAGACACUCCGUCUAAUCCAAUCCAUCGCGCAGAUCGCCGCAGUCUUCACCGUCGGCAGCACCGCCGUCCGGCUAACAACCGCCAAACUGCAAUUGGCUUUGAGUCGGCGAUUCUUUCGCUUUUUCUGCUUUCUAGGGUCAUUCGAGCAAGUGUCUGCUCUUCUCACAAAUGGCGGGAGAAACUCCGUAGCCGGUUGGCUGGACCUAGGCAAAUGGACAUCUUUCGGUUUGUAUUUCAUAACCGAAGACUUGACUAUCCUUCACGCUAUGGGUGUUUGGACAGUGCCCUGGGAAGAGCGUGUUAUGCGCCAAGCCAACACUUACUGGUUUUUCGCACUUUGCUUCUCUUUAGCUGGGUCACUUUAUAAGAUCUUUUUCUCGGCACCAGCUAAGUCCGCAAAUAAAUCUAGCUCUAAAUCUAAGUCUAAGGGUGGCAAGGAAAAGAAGACCGAAGAGCCGGUUGUUGAGGCGCCGAAGACUUCUGCGCUUGUGCAGCAGUUUGUUGUUGAUAGCUGUGAUCUUUUGCUUCCUUUGGAGCUAUUGGACUGGUAUCCUACUGGAGAUUUGGUGCUGGGUGUUACUAUGGUUUUGAGCACUAUUUUGACUGGGUGGAAUGUUUGGACUCGUGUUUAG